GCCGUGAGAACCUCAAAUCUUACAAUUCUGUUGUUUAUAGAACUGGUUUAAACCCCGUCAGAGGAUGAGGCGAAUAAUUUGAUAACAUUUGAGAUGAAUAGGUUAGGGUAUAAUCGUAUGUGAACAUUUUAAAGACGUCCAGUAUAAGGUUGACAGAACAUGAAGCAUGUGAAAAACUCUCCCGAGAAAUUAUGGAACAGCUUACUGUCCGUAGCGCAGAACAAAAGACUUCUCAAGAAUAUGCUCGCCUAUCAUCUGCUAUUCGAUUACGGAUGAAGCAGUAUUCAUCAGAAGUGCAGCAACUGAAAGAUAAGCUUUCAGAAGCUUCUGUAACUCAUUCUAUCACAUUUCGAGAAGCAGAAAGACGAUCUCGACAAGUGGAACUGCUGCAGAGCAUAGAGAUUCAGCUUCAGCAGUUAUUCAGUGACAGGGACACAGCUUAUGAUGCAGGCAGAUCCAAGCUGUUACAGAAGAGUGGUACAGUAUUUGCAGAUACGGGAACAACAGGUUGGGGCCUGGAUGAUGACAGUGAGGAAGCUGGAGCUUACCAGACUCAGCACAUGAGCAUUGCAGAUCUUCAGCAGCAGCAGAAAAGAAUGAUUCAAGAUCAAGAGCAAGGAUUGGAAGCUCUCUCAAACGUGAUUUCAAGACAGAAGGAAAUUGCUGAAACAAUAGGAAAUGAAGUUGACUUACAAAAUGAAAUAAUUGAUGAUUUGGCUGAGCAUAUGGACCGGACAGAUAGCAGAGUGCGUAAUGAAACAAGACAGGUCACAGUGCUGGACAGGAAGGAUAAGACACUUUGGUUCUGGGUUGUCAUCAUUUUGCUCUUCAUUUCCAUAUUAAUAGUUACCUUCGUGUGAAUGAACACUGGAGUACAGGUAUAUAACUUGUACAGUGAAAACAUUUUUAAACUAUAUGCAUCA